AUGAGCAGUGCAAGCCUUUACAAGCCCGAGGAAGACGACUCAUCUGAUCCCGAUUUCGAUACUGAAGUUAUACAAAUUAAGGCGCAUCCAUCGUCCUCGCCAGCCAAAAACGACGGACAAAACCUGUCCGAGUUGAUUCCCCGCGCCAACAGAGGCACACGGUCUCAAGCUCUCGAGUGUCUUCGCAGAUCGUUAACCAAGGAAUCUGUGGAGGCGUAUGCUAACCUCCUUGACGAGUGCGUUGACCUUGCUGCUGGGAAAAGCUGUGGUGAGAACUACAAUUCCAUACAGGACGGGAUCGUCAUUUGGAAACCGAAGGAGAAGGACGUCCUCUUCAGUUUACUGGGCGCAAAGGGCAAGAAUGGGAUUAGGGAAAUUGCCCGCGCUAUCGGUACGAAGUCGGAAUUGGAGGUGCAGGAGCACCUCAGGCUUUUACACAGGGGUUUAGAACGACAGCAUUUGCGAGAUCAGCAUACGAGGACGGUCAUCCUUGGAGAUAUACCCGCAGCAACUGAGCUCAGCAAAAGCUGUUGCAAUGCGCUGGAGGAGUAUGCGGAACUACUACGCCUCGAGGAGCAGGUUCACGAAGAUGUUGCUGGAAGAAAGAAACAUAAGAAUCUUUGGAUUAUCGAUCAGGAGACUGCGGAUAAACUGGACAAGGAGAUUCAGUCGCAAGAUGACAAUGUCCUCCAGGAGAGAAGUGCUCAACAUACUGCUAGUCUAUUAAGCAUGCCAAACUGGAUUCGACUCUCAGAACGGUUCUUCAUGAAUUUCGCUGGUCCAAGGCUAGCAGACAAUUGGGUAAAUGUAGCUGUUGCCGAUGAAACGCCAUCCGUAACGGCAGACGCAUUUGCAGACUUCUGCGCUCUGACAGUGAGUGUAACCCGGCGCUUAGUCCAGUCAGUGAUUUUCUUUGCCAUGUCGCGACAUCAACAUAUGAGAAAUACCGGUCAUCGUAAAGCACGGGUUAUUAAGUCUCGUGAUGUUCGGACCGCGCUGAAAGUGCUGAACAUGAAAAGGGAUCGAUUCGGCUUCUGGGUAGGGCUGGCGCGAAGAUGCAACCUGGAAGUAGCCGAUAUCCGCCACCGCAAAGGUUGGAAAUCGGUCUACAUGGACUACGACGAAGUGGAAGAAAUCCUAUCUGAUAAGGCCCGGCUCACUCCGGAGCCCGGUGGAAGAAGUGCUUCAAGACAUAGAUCAAAAAGCAGGAUCAGCCACGUUACCGAAGGCGACGACGCAGAUACUGGUAGUGACAGUGAUGAAUUUCUCUCCUCACCAGCACUGUCAUCGGACGAGGAGCCACUGCCUCUAGAUGAAGAGGAUGAACAUGCCGAACAAGUUGAUCAAAAAGUAAACCAUAUGGAGGAGCUACACCUGUGGACAAUGUUGGAUCAAUCGUCAUCCGUUUCCCUUAAUCCGCCAGCCGAAAACAACAAGGAAGACGUAACACGCAGACCGACUGGUAAGCGCAAAACGCCGGAAGACCUAGUCAACUGGCGUGAUAGAACUUUGUACCGGGGGGACUGGGAGGAGUACGGGCACGGGAUAUUUGACGUUUAUAAGGACCUAUCAAAGAACCGACAGAAACGCCGUCGUCUUAAUCAAAGAGCUUAUUCACCAAAUCCACCAGACCCAUCAGACAACGAAACUUCUGAGGCAAGUUUCAAAGGGGUGGACCUUGAUUCGAACACUGUUGGGAACGAACAAGAUGACAAGCGAAAUCCCAGUGACGGUGAAUCUGAUGAUGCUAUGGAGGUGGAUGAAGAUGAACCAUCCCAUAAUAUUAGAGCAUUCCACGACUUACCCUCACCGCUGGAAGAGGAACCUUCCUCCGGACCAGCAAACGGAAGCAUACACCUCUUUGAAGAUGACGAAGUCCUCAAACAUGAACCUACCACCCACUGCUCCCCCAACUACUACUCAUCUGAACUGUUUAUACCUUACCCAGAGCAAGAAGAGCCAGAAUCGCCGUUUGACACCUUCUCUUGGCCCAAGAUAAGCGCGUCUCCCAUGAAAAUGCUAUAUCCCCCUAUAAAUCUUAACCCUUACUCCCAAGAACAGGAACAUCAGUUUCUUACCUCCAGCUCAGACAACGGCCUCUCCACUGGCCGUGAAAAAAUGCGUGAGUCAUCCGACGAAGAGGAUGACAAGGAGGGGGUACAGUUGUACUCGCAGCCGAUGAGUCCGAUUGACUUGCUGUCAGAAUAG